GACAGAAGCAUAAUGGCUGCGCCCUGUGUGCAUGUGUACGCAAAUCUAUACAGCCUAAUCACCUUGCCUGGGUAACUGUGUUUUAUGUACAAAGAUUAGAUUUUUCGCGUCUGAAAACGGAAAGGUCUUGAAAGCAUGGCUCUGCGCAUGUGCGAGUCGUUUAUGGGUAGAUCUUUGCGCUUGGUGGUGUCUAUGGAAAGUGCGUCAGUGCGCGUGAGGACAGCUCAACAUAUCUGUGCAGCGAGGAAAGCUGCGAUUCGCCAUGUUCCCACCUGUUUCAUCUCCAGCGAGGUUUUUCUGGACAGACUGCGGAAAGAAAGUAAGCUCGGCUUUGCGGAGAAUCCUGCAGGCUCCCCUCCUCAAGCUGCUGUUCCACCGGACAGAGUUGAACACUUUUCCCUGAUGCUGAAAGAUCCGGAUCAACCAGAAAAUCCAAAGGUUUUAAAGGUGGCUAUAAUCGGUGCUCCAAAUGCUGGGAAAUCAACACUGACCAACCAGCUCCUGGGCAAAAAGCUGUUUGCAGCUUCUAAAAAAGUGCAUACUACAAGAUCCCGUGCACUUGGGGUGGUCACAGAGGACAAUACUCAGAUUAUUCUCCUGGAUACGCCUGGUCUCACUACUCCAUCUAAAGCUAAACGACAUCAGCUGGAGGAGACUUUUCUUGUGGAUCCACUGAAAUCGCUACAACAGGCCGAUCUAGUGGUGGUGCUGGUGGACGUCUCAGAGAAGUGGACUCGCCGUAGUUUGGACUUUGAGGUGCUGAAGUGUCUGGCCUUGAAUGCACAUAUUCCUGCUGUCCUCGUCCUCAAUAAGGUGGACCUCCUAAAGAACAAACCCUUGCUGCUGGACAUCACUGCAGAACUGACCGAGGGCAUCGUGAACGGCAAGAAGCUGAAAGUGCGCAGCUUAGUCAAACCCAAAACGGAAAAGACGGCAGAUCUGCAGGAUGGAGAAGAGCAGAUGCCGAAUCCAGACGGUCAGCUCGUGAGAGGUCUGAGCAGAGAGCAGCUGAGGGCCCUGAAGAGUCGUAAAGGCUGGCCACUCUUCAAGGACGUGUUCAUGAUGUGUGCUACAGACGGAGAGGAUGUGCAGACGCUGAAGAAUUAUCUCAUGGUGGAGGCGAAGCCCGGUGCGUGGCAGUACCACAGUACAGUUCUCACAGAUCAGAGCCCAGAGGACAUCUGCACCAGCACCAUCCGAGAGAAACUACUGGAGUAUCUUCCUCAGGAGGUGCCUUAUACAGUGACUCAGAACAUUGAACUCUGGAGGGAAACAGACGAUGGCAAUUUGGACAUCUCCAUCAAACUGUAUGUGAAGAAGGACAGCCAUAUGAAAAUGGUGAUUGGUCCUGGGGGGCAGCUGAUAGCUCGAAUAGCCCGGGAAGCAGGACUGGACCUCUCGAAUGCCUUCAUGUGUGAUGUACGGCUGAAAAUAUCCGCCACUCUGAAGAACUGAAGUGGACCGAGCUCUGAUCUUUCUUUGAUGAAUCGGCCCUGAGGUCUGCAAAAACUCCAGACUUGAACAAAGAUGACUCUUGGAGGCUUCAGUUUGUCUCGUGGACAACAUGUGAACUGUCUUAUCUCUCACACAGCUCUGUGUGUAACAGUCACAUUUGGGACACAGCCUGCUUUCUGAACUCAAGCUGCUGUUGCAGUGUCCUAGGACUUUUAGCCCCGAGUCUAUUUAUUAUUAGUAAGGUCUUUAUUCAGAAUCUCAUUUUAGCAGCGGGAUACAUCAUGAAUAAAUCAGCAUUGUUCCAGAACGGCUGAAAAUGUGUCCCGGUCGGAAUUGCUGAUGAGGUUCAAGCAGAGUUGAGACACUUUACAGGGAACUUUUGGCUCUAAUGCUUUCAGUUCCUUAUCCAAGCUGCCCACAGACCUGGUUUUGACCCGAGAUUCUCAUUCAGCUGGAUCAGAGACCCAUCUUUCAGUCUUCAUGGUUGUUGUUUUUUUUUUGUUUUUUUUGUCCAUAUUAUUAAUUGUAACUGAAUGUAUUUAAUUGUAUAAUAAAACUGUAAUGGGGAUGGUUGAUGUGGAAAAAAAUAGCAUAUCACAAGAGUUGAAGAUAUCUUCAGUAUACACAUGUCUUUGGCCAAAUGCCAGAGCUUGGGGCUUUUGGGGUGGGAGGCUUCACAAACAGAAAAGAAAUUAAAA